AUGGCACUAGCGAAGUACUUUCUUUUCAUAUCUUUAUUUUUUUAUAUCUCCAGUUUGACAUCUACUGCAAACUGUCAGAGAAGAUGCGAACUGAGCACGCGUAGUAAUGGUGAAAUGGCUAUGAAAAAUCGUGGUAUAAAAGGACAGAGUUUUAAAAAUCAUGCGCUGUCCAAUGCAUAUGACUGCCAUGUAAAACACUUCCUUGAAAGAUGUAAAUGCCAAGCGUUCCAAAUGAGAGAAAAUCUGUGCGAGUUGCUGGAUGAAGACAGAUUUUCUUCUCCUGAAGACUUUCUCGAGGAAGAAGGAUACGAAUAUUUUGAUAUGAACAGAGAAUACGUCGACCAGGUAACUAAUGAAUCUUGCCUUUUAAUACCCGUUAAAAUGAAAUAAAUUGAACUGGAAGCCCAAAAUUCGAAGCUACUUGACGUUUUGACCUUCAUCAAGGGAAAUAAAGGAACUGUUUUUUUUUUUAAUCCGGUCGAGGUUUAGACCAAUGAUUGCAUUUUACCUUUCCACAUUUAUCGGUGCUGAUGGUGAAGUACAGGACGGUAUUGUUUUUACUGGUCUUUAACAUUCCGAGGUUGAAAUGCAUUUGGGAGUUUCCAUUUUCUCUUUAAGAAUACGCCAAAGUUAUUACUUGCUUAUUUAAUUUUUUAAAAAAUAUACAUCAGCCUUAUAUUAGUUUUUAUUUCAAUUUUUUUUUCUGAAAAAACAAAUUGGAAGGAAUACUUAAAGCUGGUUUGGUGAGAGUACCUGUGAAAGUGAAACUCGUGAUAAAAAAGGAAAGGCGAGCAAAUUAUGUAAAAACCAAAAACAUAGAACAUAUUAGAAGUUUAAAUGCUGAAACAAAGAAGAAUUACACAAAAAAAUGAUUAUUUCAUUCCAUUUAGGAAAAAAAAUUCAAAAGUCAGAGCAACAAUUUCACAAAUCAUGUAUUUCGUUCAAAUCGCUCAAACUCGACGCCGCGCAAACUUGACUCGCCUUGCCACGGCACUGGAAGCUAUGAUUUUUGUCAACUAAAAUUUUGAUGUGAAACUCACAGAACUGUGCACACCGAAAAUAUUUAAGGAAUGCUAAUAUGUUGCGAGGAAAUAGCCAAUAAGGUGUGAGAAAACUCAACUGCGAACAGCAACGGUAAUAAGUUUGUGGUUUUGUGGUUUGCUCGCGUGUCCUGAACUUUAUUGUGAUUGUUCACUACACAAUCAACAUUUUUGAAAAUUUUCGGGUGUUCACGGUUUUCUGAGUUUGACAGUAACAUCGAUCGAUUGUGUGGGUUGAUGUUAUGAACUGUUGCCCGGCAGCCUCGAAAAAGGCAGAAGUUUCAAGGGGAUUAAUGUUCUUUGACCCGGGUACAAAGUGAUCUAGCGGUCUCACUAAUGUCGUUGCCGAACGGUUAUUGAUUACUAGCCAAUUCUGACCUUUCGUGCAUUUAAUCUAAAACGAGGAGUAAUCGGAGCUUAGGAGAGUGCGUUCGAUAUGUUCGUUGAGGCGGAAGGGUGGUUGCGAUGUAGAUAAAUAAGAUCAUGGCAUAUUUUGAAGGUAAGGGUUGCGUACAGCGAAAUCUCUAUAUAAACUGUGUAUCAUUUUAAGAACGUUUUCAAAAGAUAUCGUGUGCUUCGGUGUCAAGUGCUAUUAAUCGGAGGAGACAUUGGCCAGCGUCGGACGUGUAAAUGGAACAAUUUGUUUUACUGGCGCGAGUUACAGGGCGCAGUUUCUCAAAGGCCGAUUAGUGCUUAACCCGGGAUUCUUUUUCUUUCUUCAAAAACAUUUCUUCGGAUAAUUUUCUCUGUUAUUUUUAAGAGCAUCCAAUCAUCAACUUGUUGACAAAAUGAAUUACAUUGAAGUUACUGGUUUAAAAGCUUUCACAUCUGAAUUCAAACUUCGCACUAACCAUAUCAAAGCCUCAAAUGGAACGUGUGUGCGGCUCACGUCAAUAACUUUUCCAGUAAUUUGGUCGAGCGUGUUGAUUUCAGUGACUCGAGAGUGGCGCUACUGUGGGCUGAUUUAUAAGUUUUUCCUAAUAAAUAACAUAGAGUUAAAGUGUUCGUUUGUCCGGUGCCGAAAAUAUCACAAGUCAUGGUCAAAUGGCGCCGCCGAGCUUCACAUCUCGGUAGAUUUACUUUGUGGCACAACGGCUGCCGAGCUACACAACUCGUAAAUUUACUUUGUGACAAAACGGCCGCCGAGCUACACAACUCGGUAUUUUAAAAUUUACUUUGUGGCAUAACGGCCGCCGAACUAAACCCGGUUUGAUGCAUGCACCAGUAGUCGCAGACAUUUUCCAAAGACAGUGACGAACCAUGCUGAAAAAUAUGAAAGCUUAAUCCAAGGUAAAAUUUAACAGCAAAUUUCUGAAAGAUGAACGCUUUGGACGAUUCAGCAAUCACAGAUCGAUGUACGCUUGACGAAGAUUCAGCAAACUUUUUAAAAGAUGAAGGCUUUACGAAGAAUAUUAGACCUUAGCAAACCUUUGAAAGAUGAACGCCGAGGACACAAGAAUCACCACAUUAGUUAGCGCGUCAAAGUGAGGCAAAACUUAAGCAAGCGCCUCAAAGCGAGGCAAAUGACGACGAACGAAAAUGCAAUCUCAAGAAAACCUCCUUUAUUAAUUUCACAGGUCACCCAAUAAUGCACAGAGCACCCAACACAAAUUAGGGGUUGCGUUCUCGUAUCUCGAACGCAAUAACUUCAGAAACCAGUAUCAAAGUGUACCUAUCAAAUUAUAACAGUGAUUUUGUCGUUAUUCCCACGUGCACUUUUAACAGAAUUUUUAUUCGUGUUUAUACUGUAUAGGCAACUGCAGAAAAAGCUUGCGAAGAGCAACCGUGCAUUUACCAGUGCUGUAAUUAGAGUACUUGCGCUUACGGAGGCACCUGUACUGAACUGCGCGACAACGUUAAAUACAAGUUCAACUGUACAUGCGCCAUGGGGUACUUCGGAAGAGCAACAUCUUGCAAAGAAUUCCUGCAGAGAGACGAUGGAACUGACCCGUCCGGAGUUUAUCAACUCUUUGAUCCAACAAACAAUUCCGUGUAUGAGGUCUUCUGUGAUUUCACCUCUGAAAAGGGAUUCGUUUUGACUCUGAUCGAAUCUUUCAGCUUUCGCUAUAAUGAUGAGUUUAAGGAUAAGGCAUUUUACGAAGACCAUCCCUUAAACCAGGAAGCCUUUACAUGGAACAAGUUUCGUUUAUCUUUGCCACGUAUGAAUGCCACAGUAAAACACUCAACGCACGUGCGAGCAACCUGCAACUUUAACACUGAAGAACUUAAAUACGAAGAUUACUUAAGGGCCAAGUUAAGCGAUAUCGAUCUUAUGCGCUCCAGUUUGGGUAUUUGCAAAAAAUUCGAAUUUAUUAGCGUCCACGGAAAUAACUGUACUAACGACACGGCACAUUUCGUCCAGAGGGAUUAUUGGCAUGCGCAUAGUGAUUCGAAUGACCGAGGAUGUCCCUGUACCAGUCUAUCCGAGGGUGCAGUGAAGUUCCCGGGAGGCGAAGAUAACUUUGGAUGGUAUAAAGCAAGAAAUCCGGUUCACAGAUGUGUAGAAAGUAAUGAUUCUACUACACAGUGGUGGCUCGGGGUACAAUACUAG